AUCAAAUCCCUUUUUUUAUGUCAUUAGCAAUAAUUAUAUGAACAAAAACUAUAUUCGAUGAUUUUUAAGAUAUGGUUUGUUAUGAUGGUUACAUGGCUAACCAUACUAACAAAACAAAAUUACGUUUGACUUUUGACUAAACCAAAGGAAAAGGUAGUAAACUAGUUUAGUGGUUUGUUGAUGAUCCUUUUAUUGUUUACCCUAAUUUCUUGAACAAGUCUUCAUUAAUUACUUGCCUUUUUUUGGUAUCACAACACUUCAUUUGCUGUAAUUGCACAAGUAAGAAUGUUUCCUUAUUUCAUGCAAUAGAAUUUUCAAGUUGAUCAUAUAUCCACAUUAUCUAGGUUUUUAAUCAACCGUUUCAAUGUGAAUCAAUACUAAUUCGUUUGAGACCAAAUCCGCACAAUGAAAAAUUCCUCAACCGUUUUCGGAAUAAAUUUAUAAUCUUAAAUAGCUUAAUCAAGAAUAUUUUCACGUAGUAAUAUAAGUGUAAAAGAUAUAGUACAUAAUUGUGAGGAUGAAAUAGUUUUAGAUGACGUCAUCUUGAAGAUAAAUUGAAGAAGACAACAGCAAACUAAAAGAUAAAACCAUCGAUUUCUCAAUCUCCGUUUCUUGUCUCUUCCAUAGUUUAUUAAUUUUUACCUUUGACGUUCAAAGAGUGGGUGGGUUUUUUGUUCUAGGUAUAGUGGAGUUGUUGUUGUUCUUACGUACUGCAAUUCUGUUAAUUAAGGUACUUCAAUAUAUAUUGAAGACACGAGAAUGAUCUCUAUAUAGAUAUUUUUGAUAGAGCAGAGAGAGAGAUGUCUAAUCUUAUGCAGAAUCCGGUGUUACAUGAACUGAAGAAGCAAGCUUCUUUCUUCAUCAAGGAAAAGAUCAAGACUGCUCGUCUCGCUGUAACCGAUGUCACUGCAGAAGAACUAUUGACAGAAGAAGUUACGGGCAGCGAUCACUCAUCCAUAGACUCACGUUCCAUGGCGGUCAUAACAAGAGCUUCUUUUGAGGUUGAUCAAUUCCAAAGAAUCGUGAAGAUUUUACGUCAAAGAAUGGUAAUGUUUGAUAGAAGGGAAUGGAGGGGCAUGUACAACACGCUGUCAAUGUUGAACCACUUGUUGCUCAAUGGCCCACUAAGUGUAUUCAAUGAAUUUCAACAUGAGAAGGUAAUUAUUGAAGAUGCCAUAAAGAUCGAGUGGAUUGAUGAGAGAAGGUUCGAUUGUGGUCUAAAAGUUCGAAACAUAGCCGAGAAAGUAUUAAGAUUGCUUGAAGAUGACAUGUUUUUUAAAGAUGAGCGAGAAAGAAACCGUAAGCAAAGCAUUGGUCGGAUCACAGGAUUCGGAAACUCGAGUUUCACCAUACAUUCUGAAACGAACAACGGACGAGAUGGCUCGUUAAUGUUGAGUAACCAUCAAACUUGUGAAAAUGAUUGUAUCAUGGAUGAUCAUCCUUUCGUCGAGAAUGAGCACAAGACUGCCCCACUCUUGCUUUCUUCUUCGACUUUGAGUUAGAUUUCCUUUGGUUGUAUUAUUAUGUUUGAUAAUAUGUAGAGACUCGUUUUCCAUUUUGAUAUGACUAUUUCCAAGUAAAUA